ACUGCUUUGGUUUUCAUUCAUAAAGUUGUUUGUGUCGUCACCUUGUGUGGUGAUUUUCAAAACUUGUGUAUUAACUUAAUUUUGCGACCAUCUAUUGUGCGCUUUAAAGCGUUUACUGUGUGCUGGGACAUUCAAGUGCGGUAGUUCAUUUAUUGUAAUCGUCAAGAAAACUACAAUGUCGGAGCCAAAACCAGAAAACAAUGGUAAUGGUAGUAACGGAGACGAACAAAGGGAGAACGGCGGAGGAGAUGAAGGUGACGCGUGGGGAAGCAGUGACUCCUCAUACAUACGGCAAGUGGCAAAAAUGCCUGUCGAUAGGAAUGCCGCAUAUUAUAACAUGAACCACAAAAACCGCGGCAUGGCCAUUAUCUUCAACCACGAGCAUUUUGAUAUUCAUAGCCUCAAAUCGCGCACGGGAACGAACGUCGAUAGCGAUAACUUGAGCAAGGUGCUCAAGGCCCUUGGCUUCAGAGUCACAGUUUGCCACAAUCUGAAAUCUGAAGACAUCAAUAGGUACAUACAGGACCUUGCUGGCAUGGAUCACACCGAUAAUGAUUGCCUGCUUAUUGCAGUGCUGAGCCAUGGCGAACUUGGUAUGUUGUAUGCUAAGGAUACUCACUACAAGCCAGACAACUUGUGGUACUACUUCACAGCUGAUAAAUGCCCAUCAUUGGCCGGUAAACCAAAGCUGUUCUUUAUACAAGCUUGUCAAGGAGAUAAGCUUGAUGGUGGCAUUACUCUAGCAACCUCUAAUCGUACUGAAACUGAUGGCUUGUCCAGUUCAACCUACAGGAUCCCUAUUCAUGCUGAUUUUCUGAUAGUGUUUUCUACUGUGCCCGGGUACUUUUCUUGGCGCAACACUACCCGUGGGUCCUGGUUCAUGCAAGCACUGUGUGAGGAGCUGCGAUAUGCUGGAACUGAUAGAGACAUUCUGACACUGCUAACAUUUGUUUGUCAAAAAGUGGCUCUUGACUAUGAGUCAAACACUCCGGACAUGCCAACUAUGCACCAACAGAAGCAGGUGCCGUGCAUCACCAGUAUGCUGACCAGACUCCUUGUAUUUGGCAGUAAGAAAUAAGUAUUGUUUCUGCAUUUGCUUUAUUUUCUACUGAUCUAUCAAGAUUAAAACAAUCUUAGUUCCAUUUAGUUUUUGUUUUUUAAAUUAAUUCUGUGUUUUAUGUAAUUCUGCAUUUUCUGUGAUCUCUGAAGAGGUGCAAGCUUAAAUGUAUGAACAAAUCUUAUUUUAAUAAUUUGAAUUCCUAGUUUAAAAUGGUUGCGGUUGUUGGAGAUUAUAGAGAAGCUAGAAAUUCAUAAUGAUUAUUAGAUUAAUGUACUUACAAGAGAUUUUUGAUACAUUAUUACUGGAGUAUAUAUGUUACAUUAUAUGCCUAAUAAUAUACAUUCAAUUAUAUCAAAACUUGAUAAACCUUUGUAUAUGUGGUAAGCUAAUUAUUACCAUACUAUAUAUUAAUUAUACUCUUUCUUGGCUAUAUAAUAAAUGUUCACAAAUAAUUAUAAAGCACAAAGUAGGAUAAUACUUAUGUUUUUAUAAUUGCAGAUUAUGUGGGUCCUCCUAAAAUAAUCACAAACAUGGGUAGCUUAGAUUCUACCACCACCCUGUUACCUACACCUCUAGAAAUUUCCUUCCAAGGCCUGUGGCAAAGGAAGUUUUUAUUACUUGGUGCAUUUAUCAUAGUUACAAUGGUAAUUAUUACUUUGUUAUUUACCUGCUUGAAAUGCUUUGAUGCACAAUCAUGACAUCCACAAUAAUCAAAAUGCUCUGAAUUAAUUGAUCUGAUAUGUUUAAUUAUUUUUCUCAAACAUGCUAUGUAAUAUUGACAUUACGUUCUUUAGAUUAGGCUGGAAAGUAUCACGUUUCAGGCGCGGCUAGACGAGAGGUCUGUAAUGAAAUUUCAUACAAAGUUGCAGGCCUAGGCCGGGAAGUGGCUUUUUUAAAUUUCUAUUUCACAUAUGUUUUUUUUUUAUUACCUGGCGGGCUCUAUGGCACUAGGGCCAUUAGAGCGGUAGGACUGUGUGGGGGGAUGGUAGCCUGGGGAAAAUCCAGGACCCUUCCACAUCACACAAGACGGUUUUGCUACGCUGGAAUACUCCUAGAGUUAAAAAAAAAAACAAUAAACUAUAUUUGAUUGAUAUAAUUAUAUAGUUGGUCAAGCAAAUCUUGUCAGUAAAUAAGAACAAAAAACUAUACUCAUCCUUUUCUUUUGGGUGUUAGUACUAGAGUAAGACAAAGAUUGUAUGAUUCUCUCUGUCUAUGUUUGAAAUACCUUUGACAAACUAUAUACCAAUAUUAAACGUUUGAGAAAAGCACUAUAGAUACAUCGGCGUGAAAACGGGUUGUCGGCCUCAUAACUAUCCUAUUCUAUAUUCUAUUCGGCAGGCAACCCCUUCCUUCCCGGCCUCUGUAGUAAUGUACUAUUAUAGACCAACAUUUCCCAAACUAUGGGUUGCGGUCGGGUUAACAGCCAGUACUAAUAAUAUUUCAUGUUAGGUGGGUCGGAGCCCUGUUAACUUUGGGAACCACUGUUGUAGACAGUAACAAUUUCUAUACAUACAGUAAUAUUUUUUAAUAUGAUAAUGAUUAAAUUAUGUGCAUAUAUAUUUACCUAUAAUGGGUAAUUUAGUUUCUCAUUAUUUGCUUUAAUGUUUAAAGAAAAUUAUUAUUAUUAACAAUGCAACAUUAACAACACCUACCUAAUUUGUUUUUCCAUAUUAGUUGUUAUGUUUUUGUUAAUCUAAGAAAUGAUUAGUUUAAUUUAGUGUUACUUGUGAGUUUCUUUCACAAUAAUAUUAAAAUAUAGCAGUGGCGGGGCAUCAUACAACCUAUGUUAAUUUGGCCUACAAAGUAUCUAAAAAUAGUAAAGCCAAUGGAAGUCAACUUUUUAAAGCCUUGCCCCUGAUAAGUUAGUAACUUCAAUAAAACUCAUAGAAUUUAAUUGUGUGCUAGUUGUGAAUUUUGAAACUGCCGCUUGUCAUGUCAUAUUGCCAGAUAUUUGUUUCCAUUUAAUUUACUUUUACUUAGUCAAUAACUGUAUGAGCUUAAUUUUAUUUUGUAUUGAAGUAAUAGUUUUUAAGUUAUUUUUCUUUGCGUACCUUGAUUCCUUGAACAAAAUAGUGAAAAUGAGUAUGAGUUUGUUGUAUUUGAUGAAGUCUUGUCAAUUUUGUUUUAGUAUAACUUAUACAAUAUUCCUUGAAAUGAUGUUUUUAAGUGUAAGAAUUUUUCUGCCAUUUUAGUAGUAUAGUAUAGUAUUUCAUGUAUUCAUAUCAAAGUAUCAUACCAAUGAUGUAAAGGAGAAAAAUAGAUCAAAAUUACCUAAGUAUUUUAGUAGAAAUUUGGCAAUGUUCAGAAUUAUGCUCAAUGUUGGACUGGUGUAUGUGAUAUGAAUUGAACUGAAUAUGAUUAGAAUGUGAUAAAAAGUAUUCAAAAUACCUGUGAGGAAAAUAAUUCUUAAGAUAUGCUAUGUGUGAUAUAUAUGCAUUCUUUUUGUAUGUGCCUUUAAAGACACUAAUAUUUCGUAGUUAUGUAAUGAUCAUGAAAACUUUUUAAAACGUACAAUUUCCUCAUAGGGAUUUUAACACAAGACAAGAGCAUAAUAACGGAGUUGUUAUUGAAACUAUUUUUAUACUACUUGUGUAAGUUUUAUUAAGCAAUAAACUUUUUUCUUCCAUGAA